UUGAUCUUGUUGUGCAGCUCCAUAGCUCCCAGUCGCGCGGAUAAAGUCGCGUCGCUCAGGGAGGCGGUGCGACUGCGCGAUCAGUCUAUCGCAGGAGCGCACUUUGAGCUGAGACCCGCAAUGACAGUCGGGUGUUUGAGCCUCAGCGUCACGGUGAACAACAGUCUGAGCACCCUGUGCUGCUGACAAAAGCAUGAAUUCACUGGAAACGACCGUCUGCUGUUGAAGAACCGACUCCAGGCAGAUCGCUCCGGAGGCAUGUUCAGUCCUCUGAGCGGCAGGCAGCAGCCGGCUGGUCCGGGCCUCACAGAUCUGCAGCUGUACAGUCAGUGGCUGGCCAGUAGACAUGAGGCCAGUCUGCUGCCCAUGAAGGAAGACCUGGCGCUCUGGCUCUCUAGCAUGCUGGGUGUGGAAAUCACAGCCGAGAGCUUCAUGGACAGGUUAGAUAACGGUUUCCUGUUGUGUCAGCUGGCUGAGACUCUGCAGGAGAAGUUCAGGCAAAAUGAUCCUGAUGUGAAUUCACCAGGAAAGUCGAUCCCCAGCCGCAGGAUUCCCUGCCGAGCCAGUGCUGCAUCCGGUUCCUUUUUUGCCAGGGACAACACAGCCAACUUCCUGUCAUGGUGUCGAGAGGUGGGCGUGGAUGACACCUGCCUGUUUGAAUCAGAUGGGCUUGUUUUACACAAACAGCCAAGAGAGGUUUGUCUAUGUCUGCUGGAGCUGGGAAGAAUAGCAUCCAGGUAUAAGGUCGAGCCACCUGGACUUAUAAAGCUGGAGAAAGAGAUCGAACAGGAAGAGAAGACGCCUGAACCUCCGCUCUCACCUGUACCUCCCACUUCCAGUUCUCAAUCUCCAUCUGUUUCUCCAUCCAUCUCUCCAUCCAUCUCUCCAACCAUCUCUCCAUCCAUCUCUCCAUUCAACAAGACCAACUCCAGCAAAAAAAGCACCGGCAAGCUGCUGGAUGCAGCUGUAAAGCACAUUUCUGAAGAUCCACCCUGUAAGUGCCCAAAUAAGUUCUGCAUAGAACGACAAUCACAAGGCCGUUACCGUGUUGGAGAAAAAAUGCUUUUCAUUAGAAUGCUGCAUAAUAAACAUGUGAUGGUGCGAGUUGGUGGAGGCUGGGAGACGUUCGAGAGCUACCUGCUGAAGCAUGACCCAUGUCGCAUGCUCCAGAUCUCUCGUGUGGAAGGAAAGAUAUCACCCAUCUCUGGCAAAUCUCCUAACAUCAAAGACCUCGCACCUGACAGCUAUCUGGUAGUGGCGGCUCACUACAAAAGCAAGAAAUAAAGAAGAAAUGUACUAAAGAAAUGAUGACUUUUAUCGUAACUUUGAAGCACAGCUCACUGGCUAGGCGUUGUAGAUGCCAGAAGGACACAUGGACUUCUACUGGCUUCUAGAACUAAAAAUGUUAAAGAAAAAAAAAACAAAUCAUAAUACAUAAAUAACAGUUUAAAUCAAUUAGUCUGUGCAUAACAAAUUACUGAACUGGAAUCCAGAAACAAGGCUGUUUUUGUAUACCAAUUUCUUACAUUUCUUUUUAGCCUCUUAAUGUUUAAUUGAUUAAAUAUAAAUGGCAUAAUAACCUUUUACAUUUAAUAGUGCCUAUAUGUAAUGAAAUCGCUGGAUGAAUUCAAGUAUUUACUUCUACCCUGGUGGCUAUAUUUUUUAGUGCUUCCUAUACUAAUAGUAAUACUAAUGACUUUUUUGGGGGGUGUAUUCUUUUGCUCUUUUGAUGUCAUGAUAUAUAUAUUUUCUGACAUGUAUUGUAUAAUACUGUGCUGAACAUGCUCUGUUGGAGAACGUAAUCUGUUCACGCCGAGUGUUGAUCGUAACGCAUUACAAGUAAAGCGAGUUACACAUCAAUUACUUUUUCAUGUAACUAGUAAAGUAAUGCAUUACUUUAAAUGUUACUUUUUCAGAUAAGUAACGCAAGUUACUUUGAUUUCCUAUUUAUUCACUGACAUCUCUCCUGUCUCCUGUUGAGAGAAACUGUGAGUGAGAUGCAGAGGCACUUCCGUUAUUUUGACUUCUGGUGUGAAAGGGCCUUUAGAGUUGGCAAAGCGUUUGGGUUUUAAAGCAAACCCAGCCCAGAUGAUAAAAAGUAGUACAUUACGUUCCAUUAAAAGUAACUUAAGUAAUGCACUAUUGUAUUGCAUUAGUUUUAAAAGUAACUUUCCCCAACACUGUUCAUGCCACUCUUCAGAACAGAACUUUAGAGGCCAGAGGUCAUCGGUUCGGGGCAAAGGAGAUAUUUCCGUUGGUUGUUCAUUCAAACACAAGAUUUCUUUGCUGAUGCGCUUCAAUACAGUUCCUGAUCAGAAAGUGUGCCGCUGCCCUCUACUGGUAAACAUGAACAUUGCAAUACUUUUAGAUUACUGUUAUACAGUGUCUGAUGUUGAUAACCCACUCUGAAUGAAACCUGGGAAGAUGUUUCACUUGUUUAUUUGUUUCCCUGCCUCAAGCAGUGAAUGAGUUGCUGUAGGCAGACAUUACAACUCAUGAGCAAUACAUCAAAUAAAUGCAUUAAAGGCAA